AUGCAGGUUGGUCACGAAUGUUACUGUGGCAAUGCCAAUGACCGAUUCAACAAGAGACCAGAACCAGAAUGCAGUAUUCCUUGCUCUGGAAAUAAAACAGGAAUGUGCGGUGGCGACUGGCGGCUAAGUAUUUAUAAAAUAGAUAAUUGUACUGUAUAUACUGAUGGAACCAAAGCAUCGACUGAUGAAGGCAAAACAACUAAUACUGCAAUUGUUCAAACUGCAACAAAUGGGUAUUCACACCGAAAAAUCAAAGACAGCACUCCUCAACCAGUAGACAAAACAAUGUGUUCCUGUCCAUGUAAGCGUAUGGGUAGAAGUAUGAGCGUUUCUGAACUAGACGAGGUUGUUGCUAAAAUCAAACAGGAACUGCAAAUUGAUAGAAAAAACCUUAGUUCUUACAAAAGAUCUAAACGUUCACAAACUGAUACUCGUACCUUGUCUAUGUGUAUGGGGAUCGUAGGAGGAAUAGUUAUAUCUAUCCCAAUUCUCUCUAUAAUUAUCUGUGAUGUGAUAAACAUAUUAAAUAGAAAGUAUUUACUUGAGUUGUAUGUGUGUUUUACUAUAUCGAGAUACACUGACUUGAAAAACAAGCACGAAGAUUUGAGUGCACAUAAAAUUGCCACAACACUUUGCUACGAAGACCAUUUUAUUUUGUUACUUUGA